AGAAUGGGCCCUUCGAUGGAAGCUGCAGACAUUGCUGUUGUGGUGCUUUACUUUCUGCUGGUCUUGUCCAUUGGCCUAUUUGCCAUGUGGAAGGCCAAUCGGAGCACGGUUCGUGGGUACUUCCUGGCCGGGCGCUCCAUGAACUGGGUUGUGAUCGGCGCGUCCCUGUUUGUCAGUAACAUCGGCAGCGAGCACUUCAUCGGCCUGGCGGGCUCUGGAGCGGCGAGCGGCUACGCAGUCGCAGCCUUCGAGUUCAAUGCGCUGCUGGUCCUGCAGCUGCUGGGCUGGGUCUUCAUCCCCGUCUACAUCUACUCCGGCGUGUACACCAUGCCGGAUUACCUGGCCAAGCGCUACGGCGGCAAACGGCUGAAGAUGUACUUGGCCGGUCUCUCCCUCCUGCUCUACGUCUUCACCAAGCUCUCUGUGGCCCUGUACUCGGGCGCGCUCUUCAUUCAGGAGUCUCUGGGCUGGGACCUGUACCUGUCCGUCAUCCUGCUGAUCGCCAUGACCGCGGUGUUGACGGUGACUGGCGGGCUGGCGGCUGUCAUCUACACCGACACGCUCCAGGCGGUGCUCAUGAUCGCGGGCGCGCUCACCCUGACCGCUAUCAGCCUGGCCAAGGUGGGGGGGCUGGAGGCGGUGCGCACCAAGUACAUGUUGGCCACCCCCAACGUCACUGCCAUCCUGGCGUCCGGGAACUUCACCUACAGCAGCACCUGCCGCAUCCACCCCAAACCGCAGGCGCUGAAGGUCCUGCGCGGCCCGCUGGACGAAGACCUCCCGUGGCCCGGGUUCCUCCUGGGCCAGACCCCGUCAUCCAUCUGGUACUGGUGCGCCGAUCAGGUCAUCGUCCAGCGCGUGCUAGCGGCCAAAAACAUCGCCCACGCCAAGGGCUCCACUCUGAUGGCGGGGUUCCUGAAGGUCCUGCCCAUGUUCGUCAUCGUCAUCCCCGGGAUGAUCUCGCGCAUCCUGUUCACGGACGAGCUGGCCUGCAUCGGGCCCGAGCACUGCCUGCGGGUGUGCCAGAGCCAGGCCGGCUGCUCCAACACGGCGUACCCGCGGCUGGUGAUGAGCGUGAUGCCCGCGGGGCUGCGCGGGCUCAUGAUGGCCGUGAUGAUCGCCGCCCUGAUGAGCGACCUGGACUCCAUCUUCAACAGCGCCAGCACCAUCUUCACGCUAGACGUGUACAAGAUGGUGCGCAAGAGCUCCUCCUCCAGGGAGCUGAUGGUGGUGGGCCGGCUGUUCGUGGUCGUCAUGGUGGCCAUCAGCAUCGCCUGGGUGCCCGUCAUCGUCCAGAUGCAGGGCGGCCAGAUGUACAUGUACAUCCAGGAGGUGGCCGGCUACCUGACCCCGCCCGUCGCCGCCCUCUUCCUGCUGGGCGUGUUCUGGAAGCGCUGUAAUGAGGCGGGGGCCUUCUGGGGGGGCGUGACCGGUUUCGUGCUGGGCUCCGCCCGCCUGGUCCUGGCCUUUAUUUACCGGGAGCCCCCCUGCGAUCGCCCUGACGACCGGCCGGCUCUGAUCAGCGGGGUGCACUACAUGUACGUGGCGGCCGGGCUGUUCUGGGUGUCGGGGCUGGUGGUGGUGGGGGUCAGCCUGUGCACCCUGCCCCCCAGCGAGGAGCAGGUAAGCAGCACCACUCUGUGGGGGCUGCGGCGCAAGGGCCGGCAGCCAAUCAGAUACCAGGAGGGGAGCGUCACCCACUGUAACGGCACCAGCAGGCCCCACAAGCCGCCGCCCUCCAGCACACAGACAGAGGGAGGCACUGGGCCGGCCGACAUCGUCCUGCUGGUCUCUCCCUCAGGCCGGCCAGAGAGCCCCGCCCCCACCGAACACCACGGGAACGGCCAUGCCCACCUGGACCACCGUGAGGACAGCGAUGGCGCUGUGAGGGAGAGAGGGAGGUGCCUGAAGGCUCUGGACUGGUUCUGCGGCUACAGAGAGCCGGCUAGGAUUGCCUCACCCGCAGACGCCCUGCCCAACACUUCCCGGGAAGAGGACAGGCGCCUGGUUCUGGAGAUGCUUUACGAGCCUCCCAGAGUCAGACUGGUCCUGAACCUGGGCCUUCUGAUGGUGUGCUGCUUAGGGCUCUUCAUGCUCAUCUUUUUCUCUCUGUAG